AUGCCUUCCUCAAAUGGUGCCAUCCCCGUCAACGGCGUGUCCAAGGCCCUCGACGCCUCCAAGGCCGAGGAGAUCCUCAAGGAGUACGACAGCCGUGAUGGACUCGGCAUUCAGGACCUGAUGAACGCCAAGGUCCACGGAGGCCUGACUUACAACGACUUCCUCCUCUUGCCUGGCUACAUCGGCUUCCCCGCCUCCGACGUCACUCUUGACGCCCCCGUCACAAAGCGCAUCACCCUCAAGACGCCCUUUGUCUCCUCCCCCAUGGAUACCGUCACCGAGCACGAGAUGGCCAUCCACAUGGCCCUGCAGGGCGGCGUCGGUGUCAUCCACCACAACUGCUCCCCCGAGGCCCAGGCCGACAUGGUCCGCAGGGUCAAGCGGUUCGAGAACGGCUUCAUCAACGACCCCGUCCUGAUCACCAAGGAGACCACUGUCGGCGAGGCCAAGGCCCUGAAGGAGAAGUGGGGCUUUGGCGGUUUCCCUGUCACCGAAAGUGGCAAGCUCGGCUCCAAGCUUCUGGGUAUCGUCACCAACCGAGAUCUGCAAUUCGAGGACGUCGAUGAGCAGCCCGUCGCCAACGUCAUGGUCACUGAGCUGAUCACUGCCCCGGAGGGCGUGACUCUCGAAGAGGCCAACAACAUUCUGGCAAAGUCCAAGAAGGGCAAGCUGCCCAUCGUCGACAAGGAUGGCAACUUGGUCUCCAUGAUUUCCCGCUCCGAUCUCCGCAAGAACCUCAACUUCCCUCUCGCCUCCAAGCUCCCCGACUCUAAGCAGCUGAUUUGCGCUGCUGCCAUCGGCACCCGGCCAGAGGACAAGAUCCGGCUGAGCGGGCUCGUUGAGGCUGGCCUCGACAUCGUCAUCCUCGACAGCAGUCAGGGAAACAGUAUGUUCCAGAUCGACAUGAUCAAGUGGAUCAAGAAGGAGUAUCCUGGGCUCGACGUCAUUGGCGGAAACGUCGUGACCCGCGAGCAGGCUGCUGGCCUCAUUGCCGCCGGAGUCGACGGUCUUCGCAUCGGUAUGGGCAGCGGUUCUGCCUGUAUCACCCAGGAGGUCAUGGCUGUCGGCCGCCCUCAAGCGACUGCUGUGUAUAACGUCAGUGCUUUCGCUGCCAGGUUCGGUGUGCCUUGCAUUGCCGACGGUGGUAUCCAGAACGUUGGUCACAUUGUCAAGGGUCUUGCUCUCGGCGCUUCCACCGUUAUGAUGGGCGGUCUUCUGGCCGGUACCACCGAGUCUCCUGGAACCUCGUUUGUUUCCCGAGAGGGCAAACUGGUAAAGGCGUACCGUGGCAUGGGUAGCAUUGAUGCCAUGCAGGACAAGAAGGCCGGAGGUGGCGGCGCUGACAGCCAGAAGAGCAACGCCGGAACAGCUCGGUACUUCUCCGAGGGCGACAGCGUCCUGGUCGCCCAGGGUGUCGCUGGCGCUGUCGCUCACCGUGGCUCGAUCACCAAGUUUGUGCCUUACCUUGCCGCUGGCCUGAAGCACUCCAUGCAGGAUGCCGGUAUCAAGAGCCUGCACGAGCUUCACCAAGGUGUCCAUGACAGUGUUGUGCGCUUUGAGAUCAGGACUGCCAGCGCCCAGCUCGAGGGUGGUGUCAACAUGGAGUCGUAUGAGAAGAAGCUCUACGCCUGA